UUAUAACUUUGGAAAUUCGGCAAUCGGAGCAAAUCGAAAGGUCUCUAUAAGCUGAGACUUUCUAUUCUUUGGUUUUGUUGUAUUUUUUUUUCAGUUAGAAAUUGAUUGCAAUUUCUAUUAAAAUCAUUUACAAUCAUGCAUAAUUUGGAACAUGUUGUAAAAUCUUUAAAACUAGUUUUGAGUAGGCGGUGUUGAUGUGUCGAGUCAGUUGUUGUUGUGGAUUGUAUGCAUUUUGUGAUUCCAAGUUGUUAUUGAGACAGCAGUAUGCACGAAUUGCUGAAGCACGUGCUCACCGAGCGCGACCUGACCCGGGCGGGGGACAUAUUUGCGAUCCCUGACUCAGAUAUUGUGAACGAUAUAAAUGAAGUCUUAAAACAAAUAACGGAGAUUUCAUCUCGACCAGACUACACCCGUAACGACCGCGACCAGGCUCUCAUAGAGAUAUGCGUCACAAGGGUAACAUCAUGCAUCAAAGAGACUGGCACUCUGGAGAAGUACUGUAGCGCUCUCGUAGCGUUACUCGAGUCGUGCCUCCAUCAUAACUUGAUGCCGGUGGGCCAUUUGCGAGAUGACGAUCCGCCGCAUGCCAAAAUUGCUUCGGAUAUUAUCGCGUGUAUUGUAUUGGUAUCAUUCCCGUUACAAUCUGAUAAAGAGACGAGUGGCAAUGCAGAAGUUAUGGAACUGUUCCUACCAGUUGCAGUGCAAUUCCUCCACAAGGGCAAUCGGGAGAUAUCACGCCACAUGGCGCGAUAUCUCUCGCUUGCCGCGGUGCACCAUGCGGUGUUGUUGAAACCUCAUGUACAGACUAUUAUGGACUCUAUUAUGUCAGGAAACUACCCGCUCUGUCGCAUCCUCACGAACCUAUACGAAGUGUGCCCCGAGCCUCUAGAGGGCCACGUGACCGCGCUGGUCGCGUUGCUGCCACACGCGGAGCCCGUCGAGAAGAGCUCCCUGUUCGCUUUGUUCGAGCAGAUAGCUGCCAGACGCCCGGAGGCCUUGAGGACAGCUGUGCCGCAGCUGAUUUCAUACUUGUGCCCCAAUAACGCGCCACAAAACGAUCCGGGAUGCAUGUGUGUUGAUUUGCUGCAGGUGAUAGCGAGCGUGAGCGCGAGCCGGCCGUCGCUGAUGGCGGAGCAGGCGGGCGCGCUGUCGCGGGCGGGGCGCGCGCCGCACGCCGCGCCGCGCAGCGCCGCGCUCAUCGCCACCACGCUCGCGCGCCUCGCCACCACCAGCCGGGAAAGAGCCCAAGAAGCUCUAAAUUUCGUGGUCGAGAGGUUACACGGUGCGGAGUGGUCGGAGCAGGCAGCACUCAUCCGGGAAGCGACCGCGCUGUGCAGCGCUUACCCGGCGCUAUUUACUGACCGGCUGCUAGCCGCUUUGAGGGCUAACCAUAGCAAUCGUCCAAAAUCGACUCACGGUGAGAUAAACAGAACAUCCGGUGGUGUGACUAUUGUCAAACUGGGGGGUCAGAACUCCUCAGGCAAUGUCAUCAGCUCUGGCACGACUACGGGACCCUCGACUACGGCUGGGGCCGCUACUGUUACGCCCGGGCCCUCAGUUGUAACAACGGGGCCCACUGGCCCUGUUGGCUAUACGCGAAGGGCCAAAUUAGGAGACUCGAGGAGUACGGGACGCUUGCACCCGGGGCCUAAUUCCCAUAGAAGUAUGACAAGGUUGAAUGUUGCCGGUGGGUCGGUGGGUGGACUUCACAAAAGCAUGACUCGUCUAUCAUCAUCACAACAAAUCAACGCACAAAACGCAAAUCUUCCUGCACCAGUGCCCAACUCUAAGAACACUGGACCCAAGCCAGUUGGCGGUACAGCAGCAGUGUCGACAGCAGGACCGACCAUAAUAUCGGCACCGUUGCAAAGCCAAUCGAUAUCGGUCAACCCACUGAUCGGUAAAUCAGCAGAUGGGUUAACUCCAAUCACUUCCUCAGUAUCCAUACAGCAUUCGAAUACAGCGUUGGGUCAAGUCUCAGUGAUUACUUCCACAAGUCCAUCAGGGCCAAUUCUGACACAAAUUGGGACGAAUUCCGUAUCAAUUUCUGGCCCGGUGACUGUGACGUCACGCCGGGCUAAUAACACUAGUGUCACGAUGAUUAAUUCGAGUAACAAUGACAAUUCCAACCAUCGUAUCAGCGUUUUCGAGCCGUAUCCCAUGCGGGACACAGUUCAGCACUUCUGUGAGAAGCACUUGGAUAAGAUAAAAGCGUAUAUGGAUAACGUGUCGUUGAGGAUACCGCCACCUGCCAAAUGUACGAUUGAAGAGCGUCGCUCGAAGAAGCAGGCGCGGCUGCAGUUCGCGUGCGGGCGGCGCGGGCCGCACUGCCUGUACGCGCGCGCCGCGUUCUCGCUGCGCACGCGCGCGCCGCGCGUGUGGAUCCACCUGAUGUUCCUGGCGCUGCAGGCGCGCCACGCCGCCGCGCUCUCCUCGCGCGACCCCACCGUCGCCAGCCUCAAGCACUGCUGGGACAUACUCAAGUGCGAGAACAAGACCUUCCUCACGCUCGUCACCAGCGCUUUCCCGGGCCUCAAGGAACAAGAAAUGCUAGUAAACGAGCUGCGCGCAGCUGGUUUCUUCGACGUAUUCGAAGUGAACGCUCAAAGCGAGCCCUCGAAAGCGACAUGGGGUUGCUUCCUCUGCAAUCACCCGGAAAGGGCUGUUGGUUUCCUGGCGGCAGAUGGUCAGCCGGUCAUCGAGGGACAGCUGAAGGAGAAAAAGGGGAGGUGGAGGCUGUUCAGGCGGUGGCGUACUAGGUACUUCACGCUGUCUGGCGCGCAUCUGUCGUGUAAGGGCUCGAGCGGUGGUGAGAGCAUAGACAUAAACCAGAUCCGUUCGGUAAAAGUGUCUAGAGGCGCGCGGAACAUUCCCAAAGCGUUCGAAAUAUUCACCGGAGACCAGACCCUGAUCCUCAAGCCAAAAGACGGCAAGAAUGCCGAGGAGUGGGUCCAGUACCUGAGUAUAGCUGUAGCACACUCGCAGGCGAGAGACGCACCAGCUAAAGCCAACAGUCUGCCGGCCAGGGGACUGACGCUGAAGAGCUUUUGAGUUGGUGAAACUUGGGGCAUUGGUGGGAAUUGAUGAAGUAUGCAAUGUUUUUGUAGUUUGUAUGGAUGGAGCGUUGUUUUUUUUUUUCAAUUUUAUGACGCCAUUUUGUUUUAUCACAGAUCCCAUAAGAAUUGUGACAUUAGUAUAGAUUCUAGAAUCGUGUUGUCUAGAAUGUCGUUUGAGUAUUUAUCAACUGAUUUAUUUUGUUUCAAAAUAAAUAAGUUGGUAACAGAUGUGCCUUAUAAAAUUAUGUCAAGUUAUAAUGGACGUGUUUUUGUGUAGGACUAUCGUGUUUUGUCACUUUUAUUCUGAUAUAAUUUGUUAAUGAAUAUGACAGAGCUAUUGUAAUCGUUUUUGGAAAUACAAAAAGAAGCAUGAUUGCGUAUUAAGGAAUUGAAGAGAUUAUUUGUGACAAAUGAAAAUAUAUGUUUAAAAUUUUUAAUCGGAUCGUAAUAAUCCAUCGAAAUUUGUCUCUGGUAUACAACUACUGUAUUAAAUCGACAGUAUUUAAAGCUAAGAUGUUUCAAUGAAUUGAUUAUUUGUCUGCUUAUAUAUAUUCGAAUGAGUUUAUGAAUUAAAACUAUUUGUUAUAUUUAAGGUAUUUCAUGUAUUUUAAAUUUUGUUUUAAUAAGAUUUUACGCCUGUAUAUUUACUUUAUAUUAAGUUACAUGAAUUAAUUUUAUAUUACCAUUGCAUUCCCGACCAGUAGUCAUUUUGUUUAUUUGCCUUAAUGUUUAAUCGUUUUGUGGUUUUAUUAAAAAUCGUCUUAAAUAUAUGUAUAUUAUGACUUAUGCGUGUACUUAAUAAUGAAAUUACUUUGUGAUAGAUAACGUCCAAUAAUAAAUCUUGGUUGUAACAAUUUUUUGACAUGUUUUUUCGUGAUUAAGAAAACUUAAAAGACAAUAACGUAGGAAUGUGUAAAGUACAAUGUUUUUUUUUAUAGAUAUUAUAUAAUCGGUUAAUGUUUAAGUUAUUGUUUUUAGGAUAUGUUAGGAUUAAGUUAAGUGACAUAUUAUGACAUGCGGAUAUAAUGUUUUAAUGUUGAUUAUUGAUAAAUUUGGAUUUUAUUUGUAUAUAAGAUUUUCAGAUGAGUUUUUACAGGUUGAAGACUGAUCACUGGUCAUUGCCGAACGUAAUACUCUUGUUUAUCAAACUUAAGCACCGUUUGGUUUUUUUCUUUUAGCACGAAGUGAAUAAAUUGUAAUAAUUUAUCUGUCAUAUACAGUUAAAGGGUUAUAAGGUACUUAUAAUUGAUUAAUAUAAAAGAUAAAUCGUCUAAUUAUUCAAUUUUUCGUGACUGAAAAAAUAUGAUUUUUUUGGGGAUGUCUCUAUAUUCAACUGUACGAAUAAGGUAUAUAUACGAUGAUAUCUAUAAACACCAAUGUUGAUUGAUUUUUCAGACAAUUGGAAUACUUGCAUUUUUAAUAUCUUUCAUGAAAUAAUGCCUGAGAUUUUUAUUAGUGGGUUAUUCAUAGUUCGAAAUCCCUAUUACAUUUUCAAUAUAAUUGCUACAUCACACUAGCAAGAAUGUUGAAACGGCAAACAAAUGAAACCGAAAAAAUAAUCGAAUUUUAUCUACACAGUCGGUUAUAAUAUAAUUUAUAAAUUGUGUAGGUAUCAUACGAUUAAUAGGAGAUAUAUUUAAUUGCCAUAUACCUGCAGUGACGUAGUUAAACGAUUUUCACAAGAAGUGACCAACCGUUCGAUCUUGAUUGGCUGUUAGUGUUGUCUCUCAGCUUAAAAUACGAGAAAAAAGAAAUAAAGUUAUAAGAUAACGAAAUAAAUAUAAGCGGGCAACCGGCAUAGCAUUUGAUGAAACAUUUUAUCAUUGUGAAUGAUGAAAAGGAUAAAUAAUAUGAUCCUUUAGUUUAUUCAAUUCAGAAAAGUGAUUCAACAGAGCAUAGUGGUGAAAAAGUUGAACAGUGACGUGAAUCUGAGAAGUUAAUAUUCUAUAUAUAAAACUGCUUAGAAGCAGCCACGAACCACGUGCAAAGCUAAUAAAUUAUUUUUUCUUUUUUAAAGAAAAGAUAUGAAAUAGUCACCGGUGUAGCGCGGGCACGAAAACUAUCGUCAAAGUAAUCGUAUCGUUAUCGAGCGCUAUUUGUAUGGAAAUUGAAAAGUUAUCGUUAUAACAAUAAGCCGAAAGAUGAUUACAUAAGAUCAUAAUAAUUUUGAUAUCUGUUCUUUUCUAACAACCUACCGGAAAAUACAAGGAUGGAACAAAUGGUUAAAUUUUCGCUCCUUGUCCGACAUUUGAUGAAAUCAAAAAUCGCCCACGCGAUUGGGCUAACGCGACGGCUAUGACUAUCAUUCUAAUUACGCAUUAGAAUUUCCCGUUAAGAACUACCACCAAGUACAAAUCAUCAAAUUUUUUUGUGUUGUCAUCUUCGGGUCUAUCAUUCUAUGAGCCGCGCGCUCUGAUUACGAUAAGAAGUCAAAUGUUAGUCGUGCCCGACUCGCAGUUAAAGUAAAUUUGUGCGUUGAAAUUUACCUUUUUUGUGGUAAAUGAUUUUAUUGUACUUUUCAUUUUGCUCAAAACAAAUAUAUUGUGUGUUUUACACUGUUUGUUUACCUACGUUGUGUAUCUUAAUUUUAUUAUAACUUACUGCGUUCUAAAAAUUUACAAAUUUACAAAUUUAAAACAUAACCUUAAACUGAUUAUGGUUUGUUUUUUUUUUCAAUGGCUUUCUUCAAUUUCUGUUGUUCAAACCCACCGUAAAUAAUGACCGAUAAAUUCUACUUAUCAAAUAAAUAGGACGCUGUCCAUUCGCAUACGAUUUUGUGUAUAAACUAAAAGUGCGGCAAAUCAAUUUCAUGUACUUAUAAAUUGGUGCUAUUGAAAAAAUGUACCUUAGAAAAGCGCUUCCAAUACGGUUUAAUAGAAUAAGGAUUUUAUUAUGAGGUUUUAUUGUUUUACAAACUUGUUUUAUAAGGCAAUUUUGGCUAAGACCUUCAGAAACAUCUAUUUAAAAAAUGUAAAACAUAUAUCGGUUGUGUGAUAGUUUCUUUAAAUUAAUUUAUUUGAAGUGAAAUCUUCUUACGAAAUAUUAA